GAGGGUUAAAUGCAAAUGUGCCUGUAGAAGAUCUAGUGGUGCCUAGCACAUAGUAGAUGCUCAGUAAACAUGAGCUGUUAUCAUUAUCCUGGUACCUGGGGAGUUUCCCUUCAGCUUGCACAGCAAUUUCGGAAGGGGAUCCUGAGGGGCUCCCUCAGAGGCCACCAUAGUGGGAUGGGGGGUGCCGAAUGGGCAGUCGCUAUGGAAACAACCCCUGUUGAUCGGAAUCAUUGUUUUUCUUUCUUUAUUGGUAUCUCCCAUACAAUUUAUUUAAAUAAAGAAUUCUUUGCUCCCUUCCCCCCAAAAAGUGUGACCAUCAGUUCUAGCACAAAAACAGAUGGCUUUUCCUCCAUUCAGUCAUGUAUUUAUUCAACAAAUGUGUGUGGAGCUUGUCCUGUUGUGCUGGGGGCGCUGGCGAUUCCAAAAUGAAAGAGCACAGUACCUUGCCCUCAGGGAGCUCUCAGGCAGUGGUGGCGAGAGUCCUGAUGGCAGAUGUUUGCCAUCCACGGCCAUGGGUGUUGUGAGAGACAUGUGCACUGAGCUCCAUGCACCACUCAGGGGAUGUGCUGAGAUUGUGAGAGUUGUAGGGUGAGUAAAGACAUUUGGACUGAGUCUGGGAAGAUGAGCCAGUGGCAGUGUGAGAAGGGAGCAGGAUCAGUUAGGAGGAGGAAGCAGCAGGAGCCUGGGUGGCUCAGUCAGUUGAGUGUCUGACCGGCUCAGGUCAUGUUCUCGCGGCUCAUGAGUUCGAGCCCCGCAUCAGGCUCUGUGCUGACAGCUCAGAGCCUGGAGCCUGUUUCAGAUUCUGUGUCUCCCUCUCUCUCUGUUCCUCCCCGCUCACGCUCUGUUUCUCUCUCUGUGUCUCUCAAAGAUAAAUAAACAUUUAAAAAAAAAAAGAAGAGGAGGAGGAGAAAACAGCAACUAGGAGUAUGUGGAAGGAGAGGCUACAGAUGGUGCUGGAAGGGCCAGGUGUGAAGGGCUUUGUGAAGGAUUUGAGCUGCUAUAAGAUCCCGAGACAGACGAUCAGGCCUGUGUUUGGGGAUUUGACACUGGUGUCAGUGUAGAGAACUACCAGAGAGAGGGAGUAGAAGCUGGAGGUGACGAGAACAGUAAGCGUGUCCUUAAGAAGACCAUCUUUUAAGAAAUACAGUCAUUGGGGGUGAUACUAGAUUCACAAUGGAGGUUCCCCCAGCAGCCAAGCUUGGUGAGACCUUUGUGUUUGAGGACGGAUUAGAGAUGCAGCAAGAACUUUUCCCAGAGGAGGACCUGGGGGACCCUUUUCUUCAGGAAAGAGGCUUAGAGCAAAUGGCUGUUAUUUAUAAGGAGAUCCCUCUUGGGGAGCAGGACGAGGAACAUGACGAUUAUGAGGGCAAUUUUAGUCUGUGCUCAAGCCCUGUUCAGCAUCAGAGUACCCCCCUGGUACACAGACCCCAGGACGAUGACCUUUUCGGCCAAACCUUCCUCCAGAAAUCAGACCUUAGUAUGUGUCAGAUAAUCCACAGUGGAGAAGAACCCAGUAGACGUGACUGUGAACAGGUGAGCAAGGUGCACACAGGACCUAACGAACCUCACAGAACUGCGCCGCCAGCAAAACCCUACGCGUGUCGGGAAUGUGGGAAGGCCUUCAGCCAGAGCUCCCACCUUCUCCGGCACCUGGUGAUUCACACUGGGGAGAAGCCCUACGAGUGUUGUGAGUGCGGGAAGGCCUUCAGCCAGAGCUCGCACCUUCUCAGACAUCAGAUAAUCCACACGGGGGAGAAGCCCUAUGAAUGCCGGGAAUGCGGAAAAGCCUUUCGCCAGAGUUCAGCCCUCACGCAACACCAGAAAACCCACACUGGGAAGAGACCAUACGAGUGUAGGGAAUGUGGGAAAGAUUUCAGCCGGAGCUCAAGUCUCCGAAAACACGAGCGCAUUCACACGGGUGAGAAACCUUAUCAGUGUAAGGAAUGCGGGAAAUCCUUCAACCAGAGUUCCGGCCUGAGCCAGCACCGCAAAAUCCACACCCUGAAGAAGCCUCACGAGUGUGAGCUCUGUGGGAAAGCCUUCUGUCACAGGUCCCACCUGAUUCGGCACCAGCGGAUUCACACGGGGAAGAAACCUUACAAAUGUGAAGAGUGCGGGAAAGCCUUCAGCCAGAGCUCCAACCUCAUUGAGCAUCGGAAGACGCACACUGGCGAGAAACCCUACAAAUGCCAUAAGUGUGGUAAGGCCUUCAGCCAGAGCUCAUCCCUCAUCGAGCACCAGCGCAUCCACACUGGGGAGAAGCCCUAUGAGUGCGGCCAGUGUGGGAAGGCCUUCUGCCACAGCUCGGCACUGAUUCAGCACCAGAGAAUCCACACAGGGAAGAAACCCUACACGUGCAACGAGUGCGGCAAGGCCUUCCGGCACAGGUCAGCCCUGAUCGAGCACUAUAAAACCCACACCAGAGAGAAGCCCUAUGAGUGUAACAAAUGCGGCAAGUCCUUCAGGGGAAGCUCACACCUUAUUCGGCACCAGAAAAUCCAUGCUGGGGAGAAGCUCUAGAAAGAAGAGCUCACACCAAAGCUCGAAACCCUUUCCCAGAUGGAGCCCACACCCCAUAGCUUUGUCUCUGAGAUCCCACCCACCCCUCUGAUCCCAGGGCCAAAAAGAAAUGUGUCAACCUAGGUGCUCCUGGCCAUCCACACUAGCAGCAAGGCCCCCUCUUGGCCAGCUGGGUGCCCCACACUCAGCAGGUUUACGGAGUGGAAGGGAGGGUAAACUAACAGGAAAGCUGCUAAAAUGGAGGCCUGCCCAAAAAAGAGAGCUGGCCUUCGAUUGUUCAUGUUUGACUCCCAAGCCCAGGAGACUGAAUUUUGCCGUCUCUUCACCUUUGCCAAAAUUCAGAAGAAUGAACGCCAGAGGGAGAAAGUUGAGUUAAACACACAAGAAUGUCAGGUGAACUCUUUUAACAUCAGGUUGCAGUUUGGCACUUUUAGAAGACAGAACUCUGCUCAUAGUCCAAAUCAGCUGAAGGAAGAUGAAUCCAAAAGUAGAUACAUUAGCAGCAAAAUGGAAUCUUUCACCUGGCUUGGGCAUUGGUGGGGACAACCGAAACAGGCUACAGAAGAAAAGGAGGGUCUGGAAGCAUUCGUUCUGGGGUUGAGGGAGAGGGUGGCAAGUCCCUGGUGUGGUGUUUUAAUCUCUGUUCUGGAUUAGAGUGAGGUUGGUCUUUGGCAGGUGGCUCUUUCACAAGAGGGUUGAGGUUUCAUUUCAUGGGCCAGAGGAUGUUUGACACUGCCUUGGACUCAGCCUGGCACAAGGAAUUAGUGCCCUCCAGUGAUAACCCCUCUAUAAGACCCAGGGCCCCCAAGACCAUGGUAUGCCUUGGUUGUCAGCAGGGCCCGUGUCUGGUCUGGCUUCCAGUGCUGGGGGACAUAGGAAGCAGGGCGAUUCAGUCAGAGGUCCCAGUUCUGCGCCUCCUAUUCCAGUGGCCUUGAGGAGGCUCCAAGGCUCGGUUUCCCUAUCUGUGAGAUGCGGAUGGUGGGACCUGGCCACGUACCUCUGAGGGUCCAAGGCUCCUGUUCGCCAUGAAACCACCCAUGAAAGUGCUUUGGCGACUGGCAGUUGAAGGUGGGUGGAGACCCAGUGUGACCCUUGUCCCACUCAGAGAUCUGAAAGGCAACCCUGUCUGUUUUCCAGGUGGCCGGGCUCACAGCAGGCCCUCCCAUUAAACCAGAGCUUAGGCUUUCCUUCACUCCCUCCAGCCUGCACCCUGGGCCUUGUCCCAGACAGGGACCCUUCCCAGAUGCCAUCCUGAACCUCCCCCUAGCAGCAGCAUGGUCUGUGUGGCCUGUGUCCCAUGCUUCGGGCUGUCCUCUCCCUGGGAAUUGUUCCAGAAGUACCAUCGCCUGUGUCCUGCCAAGACCAGCUCAGUCGGCAUCCCCAGAGGAGGGGCUCAGACAGGGGUGUGUUUUUAAAGCUCCCCAGGUGAUUAGGGCAUUCCGGCCAGGGUGUGAGCCCUCUGCUGGGCAUCCGUGCAACCCUAGCAUCACCCAAAUGUCAGGCCUGCUUGCCAUGAGCAGAGCUUGAAGGUGGCAGUUCUGUCUCAGUCCCCAUGCCUCCCAUCCCCCAGGAAUGGGCUCAGGCAGUGCUGUGUCUGGCUAGUUGGUAAGUGUCCCAGGUGCUCAGGCCUUCAUUUGGCCACUGGGAUCUCUUUGGUGCUACUUUCCCCCAGGCUCCUCAGAGGCAGUGUGAGCUAUUUUGAAGUUUUCCAAAAGUUGAUGGCUGGAAUCCCAUAACCCCAUCAUGGUAAUGCUGGCUAUUUCAGCUAAUCAAGGGGUUGGCUUGGCAGUUAUGUAUAGUUUUGAUGAAUAAAAAUGAGCAAGUCAUAGUUGUUAGUAAGUGGGACUUGGCAGGCUAGGAAUUUUCAGAGGACUGGUCUCCAGCUAGGGGAUCACAGUGGGAGUCCCAGCCUGGAGAACAGCAGUUGCUCCUGUCCAGCUCUUCUCCUUGAAGGAGUGUGUGAAACAGCACCGCCAGUUGGUCAGGUCCCCUAGAACCUGCUGUACCACUAGCUAGACUGGCCUGACUGGGUGGCCCCUGGCUGUCUCCUGCAGGUGGCCUGUGCUGAGGGUCUUCAGUCAUUUACCAUGAGUGCAGAGAGAAUCAAGACGCCUGUUCAGCGUGGGUGGGACAGCAGACCCCUCCCCUAGAUCUACCUCCUCGGCCAUCCCCUAUUUGGCCUUACCUGGGCUCGGCCUCGGCCUCUCCUUAUUGGGCAGUCAUCUGGGUCCUACCUUUGCUGUCUCUUUCCGUGUGCCUCUGCACACCCCAGCCAAAUCGAUUUUCUUAAAGCAUCUCUUUGCACAUGUCACCAUUCUCCUUAAAACCAACCUGCAGGGGCUUUUCUGCACAUAAGCCCCCAUUUCAGCCAACCUGGUUUGCCCCUUCUGAACAAACCACAGGGAGUUCCUGGCCACCCGCCCAGACGCUCUCUCCACUCCCAGCUUCUCUCCACUGUUUUUAUGCGGUUCUUGCAUUUUGGAAUAUGCACUUUGUCCUCCUCCUCCCCCCACCCUCUCCUCCCUCCUUUCAACAAUUUAUGGAACGUGGGGAAUGAGACCCCCUUUCUGAAUAGUUGACGGGUCCUCACAGAACUAUGGUAAGACCAGGUACUUUUCAAAGCGUGAGCAGAACCUAGUCCUUUCUUUUCACAUUUCUUCACUGUUUUACGUGUUUUCAAAUCCUUCAUUUUAUUUAGGUUCUUGAACAGUGUAAUAGAACAUCCUGGCAAUAUUUUAAUCGCCCUUGAAUUACUUGUCAUUUUUGUUUGGUUGUCUUACUUUUUUUCUUCUUAUGACAGACGUUGAGUCUUGUAAAGCUCCAACUCUUGGUUUUGUUUACUAAUUGAAUUGUUUUGUCCAACUGUAUGUAUUCCAUCUCUCUCUCUCUCUCUCUUUUUUUGACUUAAUACUUCACAUUUCUAAGAUUAAUUAUUUAGAUACAGUUAAUUGUAUUUUUAAUGUUUCUAGUAAAAGUAGUUACUUUGGUCUACGACUUUUUUCUCAGAGCUUUUUCUGUCCUCUGUCACUUUGACAUGUGCUAUUUUUUGUUAUUAGGAAUCUCCUUUUGGCCCAAGUGUUAUUUUUUAUAUUUCCAUGUAAUGAAUGCAUAGGUCAUUGCUGUCAUCUUACUGUACUGUGGUGUCAACAUUUCUAAGUGUCCAUAGAACUUCUCUGGGCCUGAACAUAUGAUCCAUUUUUAUAAAGCAUUUGUGUACUCUCAAGAAAUGUAUUUUUACUCUAUCACUUCUAUUUGUGAACUCAGUUUUUAAAUUACUGUAUUCAAAUUCACACCUUCUCUGUUGCUUACUUUACAAGUUCUUAACCUGGGGUCUGCAGAUUGCCUAGGAGUCCAUGAGCAUGCAGAUCUAUUUUGGAGGUUGUGUAGAGGGAUCAAACAAAGCUGUGUGGUUAUGUCCAUGAAUGAAUUGCUUGGGGCUGGGCGUGGGGUGGGGUAUCUGUAGCAUUCACGACAUUUUGGAAAGGCUCUGUGACCCCAAAAUAGUUAAGAACACUCAUUGGCCUGGUCAAAUCAUGGUCUGAUGUGUUUCUUACCCUACCUAUUUCUGUUUCACUUUGUUUCUAUUUUAUGUAUGUCCUUGUAAUAUUAGAUGUACAGUUCUCUCCAAUCCUUUUUGAGAAGUAGGCAGGGUAUCACUAAGUAAGUACCAUGAUAUUUGGAACAUAUAUAUUGAACAGUAAUAUAUUGAAAAAUUGUGCCUUUUAGUACCCUCCUUGCCUUUCUUAAGGCUUCUAGCUGAAAUUUCUCUUUUUCAGAUAUCAUAAUUGAAGACCCUGGCUUUUUUCACUUUGCAUUUGCAUGAGUUUAUUUAGCUCAGCAUUUUAUUUUUAAAAUUUGUGUAUGUGCUUUGCUGUAUAGCUUAUAAACAGCAAAGUGUUGGAUUUUGUUUUCUGGUUCU